AUGGCUGGCCCGCAGCAGCAGCCCCCUUACCUGCACCUGGCAGAGCUGACGGCGUCCCAGUUCCUGGAAAUCUGGAAGCACUUUGACGCAGACGGCAAUGGGUACAUAGAAGGUAAAGAGCUGGAAAACUUUUUCCAAGAAUUGGAGAAGGCAAGAAAAGGCUCUGGCAUGGUGUCAAAGAGUGACAACCUUGGGGAGAAGAUGAAAGAGUUCAUGCAGAAGUAUGACAAGAACUCAGAUGGGAAGAUCGAGAUGGCAGAGCUGGCGCAGAUCCUGCCAACAGAGGAGAACUUCCUCCUGUGCUUCCGGCAGCAUGUGGGCUCCAGCGCAGAGUUCAUGGAGGCUUGGCGGAAGUAUGACACAGACCGAAGUGACUACAUUGAAGCCAAUGAGCUCAAGGGAUUCCUGUCUGAUCUGCUGAAGAAGGCCAACCGGCCAUAUGAUGAGCCUAAACUCCAGGAAUAUACCCAAACCAUACUGCGCAUGUUUGACUUAAACGGGGAUGGCAAAUUGGGCCUCUCAGAGAUGUCUCGACUCUUGCCGGAGGGAAGUGGCUACAUUGAUGAGAAUGAACUGGAUGCGCUGUUGAAGGAUCUCUAUGAGAAGAACAAGAAGGAAAUGAAUAUCCAGCAGCUCACCAACUACAGAAAGAGUGUCAUGUCCUUGGCUGAGGCAGGCAAGCUCUACCGGAAGGACCUGGAGAUCGACUAA